GCCAAAUAAGAUUGAAAUAGAGCAGAAUCUUCCUCAAAAGUGGAGCUUAAUGUGUUUUUCUAUAAACUGCUUUGAGUUUGUCUGUACAGUACAGAGAGAGUGUCUGCACACACACACAAUCAUUUUCUUGCUCUUUUAACUUAACUCUCUCUCAUCCAAUCAGAAAAUUCUCUCUAUUUCCGGCGACAGAAAAGGAAGUAGAGGAGUAGAAGAAACCAAAAUCUAUCUUAUUACGUAACUCAUUCUCCCUCUUUUAUUUUAGUAGUUUUAGGAAUCUUUUCAUAGAUCCUUUCUUCUCCUUCUUCUUCUUCUCCUUCAUUCUCUUCACCUACCACCUGUAAACAAGGACUUCAUUCAACUGUUUUUAUUUAUUAGGGCUUUUCUCUCUAUUCACUUUCUUUUUUAGGUUUUUCCCCUCUUUUUUUUUUUUGAUCUUCUUCUUCAGUACUGUUGCUGAAACUAUUUGUGAGGAUAUUCUAAGAUAGCCACAGAUUUGAGAACUUCAUGAUCCUUGGUUCUUUUUCGUUCGCUUCCCAGUAGCUAAAACUGAUACCAUGGAGCAGUUUUCAAAUGGUUCAUUCUCAAGUCGCUUUGAAGGUACAGGCAAGAUUCCGUUUACAAAUACUCGUAAGCAAGAGGGAAAUGGUGCAUGGAGGAUUCCAUUGGUGUCAGAUGCAUAUCAUGCAUCCAGUGACGCAAGCCUGUUUUCGAGCUCAUUGCCUGUUCUUCCCCAUGAGAAGUUGAACUUUGGGGUUUCGGCAUAUGAUGGUCAAUCUGUUGACGAUGCAUCACCUAGUUUAGAUAAACUCCAUCGAGAUGUAGAGGCUAAUGAUCCGCAUGAUGAUCUGGCUCUGCAUGCGAUUGGUAGUUUGCUUCCUGAUGACGAGGAUGAUCUUUUAGCUGGUAUAAUGGAUGAUUUUGACCUAACUGGUUUGCCUAAUCAAUUGGAGGAGCUGGAUGAGUCCGACUUUUUCGGUAGUGGAGGGGGUAUGGAAUUGGACUUUGAUCCUACAGAUGGCUUGAGCAUGGGUAUGUCAAAUGUAAACAUAGGUGACGGCACUGGUGGAAAUGGGGCCACCCAAUAUGGGUUUGCAAAUGGUGUGGGAGCAGUUGCUGGGGAACAUCCAUUUGGGGAGCAUCCAUCUAGAACAUUAUUUGUGCGUAACAUUAAUAGUAAUGUUGAGGACUCGGAGCUGCGAACUCUCUUUGAGCAAUAUGGUGACAUUAGGACUCUUUACACUGCUUGCAAACAUAGGGGCUUUGUGAUGAUAUCUUACUACGACAUCAGGGCUGCUCGAACAGCUAUGCGAGCAUUACAGAAUAAACCCCUAAGGCGAAGAAAACUCGACAUUCACUUUUCAAUUCCGAAGGAUAACCCUUCGGAUAAGGAUAUGAAUCAAGGAACUCUUGUAGUCUUUAACCUGGAUCCCUCUGUUUCAAAUGAUGACCUCCGACAAAUAUUUGGGGCGUAUGGGGAAGUCAAAGAGAUCAGGGAGACGCCGCAUAAGAGGCACCAUAAAUUCAUUGAGUUUUAUGAUGUAAGAGCCGCAGAAGCAGCUCUUAGGUCAUUAAAUAGGAGCGACAUUGCCGGAAAACGCAUUAAACUUGAACCUAGCCGUCCUGGUGGAGCUCGUAGAAACUUGCUGCAGCAACUGACUCAAGAGCUGGAACAAGAUGAAACCAGAAGUUUUCGAGUGGGUUCGCCUGUAGCUAGUUCUCCUCCGGGGAGUUGGGCACAAAUUAGUAGCCCUGUGGAUCACAGUCCCUUACAAUCUCUAAGUCAGUCUCCUGGUUUGGGGAAUAUGAGUCCUAUAAAUGGCCAUUUGUCUGGAUUAGCUUCACUUCUGCCUCACCAUGUAUCGAACUCUGUGAAGAUUGCACCCAUCGGCAAGGAUCAUGGAAGGGGUAAUAGCAUAUUUUCCAACACAAGUUCACCGCAUGCUGCUAGUUAUCAUCAUUCUCAUUCAUUCCCUGAUCAAAAUUUGAGUGCGAGUCCAAGAACAGUUUCUUCUGUCGGUCCAUCUACUUCAAAUACUUCAGGCGUUGGGACUUUAUCCGGACCUCAAUUUCUUUGGGGAAGUCCAACUCCCUACUCAGAACAAGCCCCUAAAUCCUCUGCGUGGCAGGCUCAACCUUCUGGCCGUCCAUAUACAUCCAGUGUACAGGGACAGGGAUUUCCUUACUCCAACCGGCAUACAUCUUUGCUUGGUUCGUCGCAGCACCACCACCAUGUUGGAUCUGCCCCGACUGGUGUUCCUUUUGAGAGGCGCUUAGGGUUUCUUCCGGAGUCACCAGAUACAUCCUUCAUGAACCAAAUAUCUUAUGGGGGCAUGGGAUUAAGCCACAAUGAAGGGCACUUCAUGAUGAAUGUUGGUGCUCUAUCUAGAAAUAUGUCUGAAAAUGGCUCGCCAAAUAUGAGAAUGAUGUCCUCCCCGAGGCCAAGUCCUAUGUUCCUUGGUGUAAAUCCUUAUCCUGGGUUGGGAGCCAGCAGCUUCGAGGGCCUGGCAGAUCGUGGACGUAGUCGAAGAGUUGAAAGCAGUGGCACUCAGAUCGACAGCAAGAGACUAUACCAGCUUGACCUGGAUAAGAUUAUUAGCGGGGAGGAUAAACGUACUACACUAAUGAUAAAAAAUAUACCAAAUAAGUACACUUCGAAGAUGCUGCUUUCUGCCAUUGAUGAAUAUCACAAGGGUACUUACGAUUUUCUGUACUUGCCAAUCGACUUUAAGAACAAAUGCAACGUGGGUUAUGCGUUCAUUAACAUGGGUUCUCCGUCACACAUUAUUCCUUUCUAUCAGGCAUUCAAUGGGAAGAAAUGGGAGAAGUUCAAUAGUGAAAAAGUUGCUUCUUUGGCAUAUGCUCGAAUUCAGGGAAAGGCAGCCCUAGUUACCCACUUCCAGAACUCUAGUUUGAUGAAUGAAGAUAAGCGAUGUCGUCCAAUUCUCUUUCACUCCGAGGGUACCGGAAGUGGUGAUCAAAUCAUCCCAGAAGGGUUCCCUUCCAACAAUUUGAAUAUAUGUGUGCGCCAACCAGAUGGCUCAUACUCUGGAGAUUCUCUGGAUAGCCCUACUUUGGGUGAGAACUAGAAGAGUUAACCGUUUGUCAAAACAUCGUCGUCAAAACAUGACGAAGUUCUGAUACAAGUAACUUAUUUAUUGCUAAUUGUUUCGUAAAUACAACUGUGCAAAUUGGGUAGGGAGAAUCCAAAAAGAGAAAGAAGAAAAAAGAAGUGUGGGAAGUCUGUAUUAUAAGUUGUCCUGUCCUCAGCAAGCGAAAAGGAGGAUUUUUUGUUUUUUGUUUAUGUGCAGAAAUGGGAACUUGGAAAUAGAGAAGAAAGGGAAGCAAAUAUGUCAUUGCUGAUGCUGUGUAAGUACAGUUGUCAUCAGUGUGAUUUCUGUCUCAAGUUAUCCUUUUUGGUUUUUGGUAAAAGGAGGGGUUGAACCGGUUACUGCAAAUACGAAUACAUGUUUAUAUAUGGGGAUGAUACAUUUGUAUGUAUGGGUAGUCUAAAAUCUUACAGGAUGAUUCAAAAGUUGGCUUACCAAAAAAAUGUAUAGAGUGAACAUAACUGACGAUGCUUUUGUAAUUUCAUCCUUUUUCAUGAACGAAAGAGUAUAUACGACUAUCUUUUUUGUUUUA